AUGUCUCUGAUGCAACGCCGACGAGCAGCUGAUGGGGUCGAUGGUGGAGGAGAUGCAGCAGAUGAAAGGACUGCUGACCAAAUGAUGGCAGACCUGAUGGAGGACCUGAACAACUCCUCCACCGCAGUGAGGUCAGUGCGGGUGUUGGAAGGUGGAGCCCAAGAGGUGGUCGUGGCUGGAGCUGGUGGCCCACAGCCGUGCUUCGACAAGCUGCUGAAGUUCUUCGGACUGGGGUGCAGCUGCAGUGGCAGGCUGCUCCGCCGGCUGCUCUGGUGGAUGCAGGAAGGCGACCUGAACAUCUUCCAGGGGGCCAACAACAAGCUGAAUGAGCUGGAGGCAUGGAUCCAGGUGAAGGCCAACGAGGCGAUCAGAGAGCUCAAGGGGUUGGUGACGGAGGUCUAUUGGGUCCUCUUGCACUUCUUGCCGGCGGCUUGGAGCCAUUGGUGCUUCGACCUGAAGGUCUACCCCCUGCUCCACAAGGAGAUCCUGUGGUUUUGGGUCCCGCUGGACCGCAUGGAGGUGCUGAUCAACAAGGGCAUCCUUCUGCACUGGUGCAACGUGCUGGACAUCAACCUGGCUCUGGUCAACUUCUUCGGCAUCCUUCUGAUCCUCAUUGGGGUACAAGCCGUGAUGAGGACACCAGAUGGUGUUGGGGCCGAACGGAAUCCGUUUUGGAGCGAUCGGGCUAUGGCUGGAGGUGAUCAACAUGCUGCCAGUGGACCACAUGGCGAUGGCGCCCAACGAGCUCUAAGUCUAUCAUCAGGACGGGUGAAAACAGCUGAUGGUUUAACCCACAAAGACCUGUUGGAUUUAGAGGCUCUUAGGGUUCAGGGUUUUAAAGAAGUUGAAGCCCAAAUUCAAAGGGAAAUGGAAAAACGUAAAGGGGACAAUAGCGGUAGUGGCUCAUUCCAAAGUGUUUUGGGGGAAGUAGGUGUAGUUCAGGGUUCAAAAACCCCUGUGGAUCCGGCUCUUGGCCAUCUGGUGACUCCUCCGGGUCUUCCUGGCCUUCCUGGUCCAGCUGUGCCUGCAUCGGUCACGCCUGCGCCUGUGGUGAGCGUUGGCGAGAACCUCAACGAGAACCUGAGGAACUUGGAGCUGCGAAAGCUGUCCCUUGACAGCACUUCGGUGGACUUUGGCGACUGGCUUGCCAUUGUGGGUCCGUUGAUGUCGGAUCUGAGUAGAACGAGCAGUCAAUGGUGGGCUCUGGUGUUGGACGCUGCGGCCAAGACCUAUGCAGCGUGGGUGACAUCAACGCCACUCCAAAGGUUGCGCCUGAAGGUGGUGAAGGAUCAGAAGGGUGGCAGUCCCAAGAACACAGGUCAUGGAAAAGGUGCAUCAAAGGGAACUACGACGUCUUCACCAACGACGCCUUUGCCGAGUUCUUCACAUGGAUCUACGGCGACUUCAUCGUCUCCGCAUGGUGCUUCUGAGGAGAAGUCCAAGGUGGUGAUUGAGGAGGUCAAGCCUGCUGUCCCUGCUGCUCUGGUGUCAGACCUGAGUGGGCUUGUGAAGUCUCUGCAGAGCCUGAAGGCAGUUCACUUGAGGUACAUCGAGUCCAAGGCCAAUGGUGGUUUUGCUGGAGGUGACCAAAAACUGGCGUUGCUUGACGGUGGAGCCACUCAUGGGCUACGUCGAGGACUGCCUCACGAACUUGAAGGUGCUGAAAUGGUGAUUGUGGAACUUGCCCAUGGGAGUACGUCCCUGUUCAGAAAGGCUGGAUGUAGCAUUGGCGAAGGAGGAGGUGGAACCAAUCAUUCCUGUCCGCCAAUUGAUGAGACUGGCUACCAGCUCAAGUGGAGUUCCUCUGAAGUUUCCAUUUGGCAUCCCACAAAAGGAUCUAUCAAAUGCUGGCGACGUCUGUGCUCAGUACUCAUGCAUAUGCCCUGGCGGGGCUCAGCCCAUAACAAAACACGAAGGCAAAGUCGCAAGCAAUUAGUAGAGCACUACGCUUUGUCGUCCGCAAUCCAGAGACUUCCUUAG